CUUGGCGAGACUCGGGCCGUCGGGUUGCGGCCUUCCCACAGUGUCUGGUCUUCACCCUGCCGGGCUCUCGUCUUACGCAACUCACGGCCGGAGAGCUGGCACUUGGUGUGCUCCGGUCACAGCCAUCGCCGUCCUUCCCUGAGGAGCCCGUCCAAACCCUCAGGAAGACUCGCUGUCGCUGGCAGAAACUGGGGCCCGAAGGGCGAGGCUGUCUGUGUCUUGCUCAAGGCCGGUUUGCGGACGCCUAGCCUCCCGGCCCCCAGCUCGAAGACGCGGGCCCGCCGUGGCCCCUGGCCAGGCGCCAGCCACUCUGCAGUGUCCGGGGUCAGGCCGGGGGCGGGGCUUGGCUGGGCUGGUCCAGGAUGCGAGAUCCUGGAGGAAAGAAGCGCGGUGGUGGCCUUUCGGGCGGCCGGCGGGCUGGGCCUCUGGGAACAGGUAACACUGAGGUGGGCCGUUCAUCUGAGCCAGACGUCGGGCCGCCGGAGGCGAGAUCCCCGGGGGCAGAAUGGAUUUCCGAACCCCCGACCUGCUGGAUGCGUGGCUGGAGUCCCCAGAAGAUGUUUUCUCAACAGGGACCUUCCCGGAGCCGGGACUGCACGGCCCACCUCCGGAGGCCCCGGGGACGAAGCUCCAAGAACAGGGGCUGCGAGGCUGGGAGCCCAGUGGGGGCCGUGGCUGUGGCCUUCGAGACAGUGAGCCUGAAGACUUCCUGAAACUUUUCAUUGACCCCAAUGAAGUGUACUGCUCAGGAGCCUCUGCUAGCAGCGACAGUGGCCAUCCAUCUGAGGACCCUGGCCGUCCAGACAGGCCUCCUGCCCCUCAAGCACCCAGUCCCCCUGCUCUCUAUGAGGUGGUCUACGAGGCAGGGGCCCUGGAGAGGACGCAGGGGGAAGCUGGGCCAGCUGUAGGGUUCAUCUCUCUCCAGCCAGGUCAGCGGAGCCCACAGCUGACGGUGCCUGAUGCCUGCGUGGUCUGCGAGCUGCCCUGUGAUGCUCACGACACCCUGCCCGGAGCAGGCACUGUAAACCCAGUGCCUCCUGCGACCCUGCUGCCCUGUCAGACCUUGUUCCUGACAGAAGAGGAGAAGCGUCUGCUGGGGCAGGAAGGGGUUUCCCUGCCCGCACACCUGCCCCUCACCAAGGCAGAGGAGAGGGUCCUCAAGAAGGUCAGGAGGAAGAUCCGGAACAAGCAGUCAGCUCAGGACAGUCGACAGCGGAAGAAAGAGUACAUCGAUGGGCUAGAGAGCAGGGCCGCUGCCUGCUCUGCACAGAACCAGGAACUGCAGAAAAAAGUCCAGGAGCUGGAGAGGUGCAACGUCUCCCUGGUAGCUCAGCUCCGCCAGCUGCAGCUGCUGGCUGCCCGGACCUCCGACAAAGCUGCCCAGACCAGCACUUGCGUCGUGAUCCUUCUUUUUUCCCUGGCUCUAAUCAUCCUGCCCAGUGUCAGCCCCUUUCAGGGUCUCCGGGAAGCUGGGCCUGAGGAUUACCAGCCUCAUGGAGUGGUUUCCAGAAAUAUCCUAAGUCACAAGGACAUGACAGAAGGUUUGGAGACCGCAGUAGUAGAGUCCAGACCGGGGGGGCCACUUAAGGCCAAGGGUGAAAAUGGCUCAACAAGGACACUGCUUGAGAAGAUGGGAGGGGAGACAGGCUCCAAUGGGCACACAGGAGCUGUGCUGCAUGCAGAAGAGAUGUGAACCCACCUGCUUCCCGGCCACAAGAAGGAAUCCAGGAUCCCUCGUGGCUCUUGUUCCCCCUGGGUUUCCCAUUCAGAAUUCUUUGGCUUCAGGGGUCUGAAUCAUUUCUGGACGUCCUAAAUGUCUGUACCCUGAGGCACAGGCUGCAUGAGGCAUUUCAAAUACUUCAUACAUCUGCAACUUUAUUUCUUCUUUGGGGUUAGGGUUGAGGGCAAACAGAGGUUUUGGCUGAGAAAUAAACUUUUUUGCUGAAA